AUGGAUCACAUAUUCAUCGUUUCACUUCUUUUCGUGGCUUGCACUUCCUUAACUGGUGCCAUCAUUCCUAAGUACAGCAUUGCAUAUUUUAAGCAGAAACUUGAUCAUUUCAACUUUGUUCAAGAUGCAACAUUUUCACAGCGAUACCUCUACACAGGUACUGUCAGUAACCUCAAUAUGACACUUAGAUAAAAAAGCUUCAGUUCUACCAAUUCCCGUGCUUAAUUUUGGGCUUGAGGAGCAAGAUGCCCUAGUGAGCAUGAUAUCGCAAACACCGCAAGCGUUUGCAAGCAGCAAAUGCGUGAAGGCGCUACUACCGUUUGCAUACGCACUGAUUACAAAACGUCCAUUAUGACCCCUACAAGCGUAUGCUGAUCCUCAUUUUUUAUAUUUAAAAUAUACUAAGUAGAUUAUUGAUUAAUUGAGCCCUAUACAUGUAAUAUAAAUAUUCACUCUAAUUUAAUUUUGUUUUUUUAAAUGAAAAGAUGUGGCUUUUAUUCUGGUAUAAUUAAGGCCUUAGCAGAGAUGCUUUUCCCUCUUCAGAUUUUCCUUUUUGUGUCAUAUCCUUCUUUUCAGGGUUGUCACUAAAGUAGGCGGGGAAUCAAACAGCUAGGGGUUUCUUUUGGUUCUAUUUUUUCUUUUAUUUUCCUUUGAAAGUAGCCGGGGUCCAUGUUCAUAGUAUCCUGGGGGAAAUCCCCUGCCCCCACCUCUUAAUGACACCCCAGCUUUUAAAGUACCCUGCAAGUAGUGGUUUCUCCAGGCUGGAUGCUACACUGUGAAGGGAGACAAACCAAUGUGAGCAACCGUUUGCUUCUUUGAUCAAGCUGCCGACUUCAGCACCAUGGAUGAAUACAUUAACUUUGAAAAGGAAAAACCAAGUAAAGACUUUCACAGACGUAGAGCAUGCUCGAUGGAAACGCCAGUGGUUGCUCACAGUGGUUUCUCUCCCUUCAUAGUUUUGCAGGGUAUUUUAUCAAUCAAACACCCACCAUUCAUCCCUGCAAAUGCACUAUAGGUCCUUUGCAGCACAUAGUCACGUGACCUUGAUGCAAAAAUUAUGGGAUAUAAUGUAAACAAUACCAGGGAUGGCAUUAAGGGUGUGCAAAAACUAGCUGGAAAGCCACUUAAAGAGAAGACUGUGCAAAAGACUAAGAUUAAUUUUUAUUUUAUGGAUUUCUGCAAAAUUACAUUUACAUGUAUGACUGUUUAAAAAAUUCAGUGAUCAAUCCAUCGACAGAUUUAGAUCACUGAGUCUUGGGACUCAACAUUCCAUCAAUGAAUGAGUCCCAAACCCAUUCAAUGAUUCCCCUAUUGAACUAUAUUAUAGUUGUGAAUGGCAAAGUUCAUCAAAAUACAUUGUAUGCAUUGAAAAGGUUGGAAAAACUUGACAUUUCAAGGGUGCUCCCUCUUCCUCAGUGGUUUAAAAGAGGGAGCACCCUUGAAAUGUCUGGUUUUUCCAGCAGUUUUCAAUGCAUAUUUUGAUAAGCUUUGCCAUUCAUUCAUUCAUUCAUAUUUGCAUUAUUCUUCAAAUUUUUCAAAGCACCUUUCAACUUUCUACCAAUAGAGGAGCUCUAUGUGUGCAAAUUGCGCAUGCAAGCAAGCCCGUACGAUACAGAAGACGUUAAAACAGCGCUGCUUUAGCGACUUGUUAGCGCUGCAACGAGCGCUGCAGAAAGGUUGCACGAACGCUGUUUUCCGUUCGCUGCAGCAGUGCAUUUUUGUGACUGCGUGAACGCUGCGGUAGCGACACUGAGAGCUGCAGGAGCGCUGCCGUAAAGAUGCAAAAAAAUAGCCACACGAGGCCAUACGGUCGAUAAACAGCUUUUAUGCAGCGCUGUGCAGCGUUAGUGAAGCGCUGCAAAGAACAGUUGUAAAAAAAGAAAUGCAGACUUCAACAAUACAAUAAUCAUGAGACAUGGUAAAGGAGUUGACAAGAGGCCUUAUAGUAGCGGAGUAAAAACCACAAGAAAGACAAAAUGCAACUGAUACUUUAUUAGUAUUCACGCAGCAUUAAUGCGUUACAAAAGCAGGUGACAUAUAAAAAUCUCGACAGUCUCGCUUUGUAAAUAUUCAGCAAUCACGGUCACUCAUCUAAAUGUAAGAACAUCCAUUAACAUGCCGACAUUGAAGUUUAUCUUUUUUAAAAUAAAGAGAAUAAGAGCGAUUGUUCUACAUAAAGUUUGCACGGACAGCAGCCAAAUGAUGUUUUGAUUCGUUGCAACAGCCUAACAUCGCUCACCUUUGACGUUUUGUCCAUGAUCCACGAUCUGCCGUCACUGUUUUCAUGAAAGAAAUCAACCCAAUUUUACCUUGGUCGUCGUUAAAUUUACAAUGGACUAAGGAACGUACAUCAUCGUGAACGUUUGAAUCUUGUAAAUACAUGCGUACCCCAGCUCAGAUUCUUGUAUCUGUGUUGCUUGCUCUGGUUCGAUUAAAUCGGUACCGGCGUAGAAUUCACUGAACAGUGCCGUUGUUUACAAAUACCUUUGAGCUGUUCCAUCCAAAAACAUCAACAGAACUUCCACCUUGAAACACUAAACUAGAUGCUAAACACUUACAAUGUAUGAAUGUUUGCGCCUUUCAUUCAACGGUCGCAAAUGUUUGUCUAGCGAUGUAAUGUGAUCUGAUGCAAAAGUGCCGACCAAUUAGAUUACAGCCUAGAAUGUCUCCAGGGAAUUAGCGAUAACAUUCCCACGCUCGCCAGUCACGGAAUAAAAUUUAUUGAAAUCUUUAUUCCAAAAGCAUAGAAUUUGGAGGUUUAUUCAAUAAGUGAUCUUCCCUGCGUACAAGCUUACUCACAUUUCUUAGAGGUACAGUCAAAGUUUUCUCGUUAUGAAAGCCGUAAUCUGUGGCAAAAGGCUUUUCUGGCGGUUCAUGUUAUGAGCGCUCAAGAACGUUGUGCUAUCAGAUCCAGCGUAGCUGAAUAAUAUUGUAGCGUUACUGCAGCUAUUGAAAGUCGGCAACUGCGCUGCAAAACUGCUGCCGAGAGCUUCAAAGGCAGCACCAGCGCUUUUGCAUCCCGCUGCAACUUGGAUUAAGCUGUUGUUUGGCUUCUAAAAUGCUGCUAAACAGCUGUAAUUUAGCUGUACAGCUAUUUUGUGGCGCCGUACAGCGCUGCAAGUUUCGUACGGGUUUGCUCUCCAGGGUUUUAAUUUUGAAGAUCUUUAAGUCCUUAUUUGGUAUCUGCAGCGUUGUGCAGCGAUAAUGCAGCCUCAAGCGUCGCUUGUAUUCAGGUUGUCAUAUGGAGUGGUUUCAAUGUUUAUAUCUAAGUCUCAUUGCAGCUUUUAAGCAGCGGCCCGCAGCGUUGCUUUACCGCUGCUUUACCGUGGCAAAAUUUUGCAGCGCUUUCGCAGUGCACGAAAUGUGACGUUCUCUGCUUUAGGGACUCACGAGCACUGCUUUACAGACGCUUAAGCGCUGUGCAACCAUAAAAGUGAACUGCUGCAGCGCUGCGGCAGCGUUGCGUCGUUCGUACGGGAGGCCCCAUGCAUACCUAUGAAAUUUGGUAAUCUGUCCAUCCGAGAAAUUUUGAUGAUUACGUGACCAUUUGUCUGCCGGUCCAUCCGCACCACAGGGCAACCAAUGUGAAAUGCCAAACUUUCUGAGCUAGUGUGGGAGAGCAUAACCUGUGUUUAACUUGAUGAUCAACUGACAGCUACCAAAACAAACUCGAUAAUAGCUCUGGGCAUGAAACAAAUGUUUGUGUCCAGAUGGACGCACCCAGGACUCAUUUAUGUACUUUUUCUGAAAAAUUCAACAUUUUCCAUUGCUAUAUAUAUAUAGUACAACAGUGUACAUUAUUGCUUUCACCAUUAUUUUUCUGUCUCAAUUUUGUCAUGGGCAGGUGACUUACAAACUGUACAUCUAUAAUAUGUUCUUUGUUGUUUUUUUUUAAAAAUGCCUGUAAACCAUCCUCCAACCUGAUCCCAGUCAAACCAAUGAGGCCCUGCCAGGGUAAAUUCUGACAAGCGACAUGGCCCAAAAAGGAGUAACAGCGCGUAAAAUGAAAUAGUGACAAGAGACAACCUCCCUCAGCCAAAUUGCGACAGUGACGGCAAAGCCGACAAUAAGCGACAAGCAUUUAUAAACACCGACACGAGACGUUUUAAAAUUCAGACGGGCGACAUGGGACCCCCCUGGCAGGGCCUCACUAAUGGGGAGGGGUAGAGAUUUUGUUCAGUAUAGUAUGUACUCUGAAAAGCGAACUGUUGCAAUGUCCUGAGCAUAAUAAUGUAUUUUACAGACAGCUCGAUUAGUUCUGUCGGUGCACGUGUGUUGAGAAUGCAGGAACUACAAAUACAAUGUGUAUGUGGAGAGGACCCGCUUUCCUCCUGCUUCCAUUUUGCAUUAUCUGAAAAAAACAUGAAUUUCUUUUUGUGCUUAUCAAUGUUAAUUGAUUUAAUAUUUCUUGGUAGAUCAAUAUUGGAAUGAGAAUGGACCCAUUUUCUUUUAUACUGGCAAUGAAGGCUCUAUCACCUCAUUUUGGGACAAUUCAGGCUUUGUUUUUGAAGCAGCUGAGCAGUUUAAUGCCUUAGUCAUAUUUGGCGAACAUGUAAGUUUGAACUUUCGCUCUACUUGUAUACUGUGUGCUAGACUGUACUGCAGGCAUUAUCAGUCUAAAAUUUGCUCAGGGUGUGCAUGGAUACUGUGGCUCAGUUUUUUCUUAGUUUUAGAAGAAAGAGAUAUCUAAUGGAAAUCUCAAAAAAAUUUCCAAGGUCUAGAUAAGAUUCAAAAUCACGACCUUUCAAGUUCCUGGACUGGAUACUCUAACCACUAAUUAAGCUAAGACACAGGAGGCUUUGUGGCGAGCAGGGUCGAAAUUUGAUUAUGGGGGAUCCGCUUAUGUCUGACUUGUAAACUGGAGAGAGGUUGGUAAACUGCAGUGCUAAGCAUAUCAUCUGUAAAUAUCUGCAAAAUUUUCAUUAUUUGCAAUCUUAUAUGAUUCUUUGCUAUUACAUUUAAUGUAAUCAUAGUCUCCUAUGACAUGACAUGUCAUAGGAGACUAUACAUGCAUGAUUACAUUAAAUAGUGUGAUCAAUAAGGGUGAAAUUGCAAUGACUAUAUACUACACGUAUGCUUGACUGCAAAGGAUUCGCUUUCUUUUUCCACAUUUUUGUAAGGCAUUACUAUUCUGCUCAUUCACAGCUAUAAAUCAUAAUAAAAAUAAAACAAAAGAAAAUAGAUAUCAAACUAGUUUGAAUUCAUUUUGCCCUGAAAUGCUUCUCCAUAUACAGCAUAAUUACAUAUGCAUGUUAUUUUCUUUAUAAUAUUUAGCAUCAUUUUUUGUUUUUGGUUUAAAGAGAUACUAUGGGGAAUCUCUUCCAUUUGGCAUGAAGUCAUUUGAACAUGACAAAGUUGGAUAUCUUACAAUAGAACAAGCCAUGGCAGACUAUGCUGUGUUGAUAACAGAACUGAAGGUUCAGUUUAAAGCAACAAAGAGCAAAGUUGUUGCUUUUGGUGGAAGGUGAGAUAUGCUUAUAUUUUUGUUGUAUCAUUUAUUUCAUAAUUUACUCUGUACAAUUAUUGUUAGUUGUAUAGUCUAAAUCGAGGGCCUUUCUCACUGUUCUUUCACAGUUGCUUCUUUGGCUGAAUGAAACAAGGCAGCUCUAAAAAGCAAUCUGCCUGUUUAGUGUGGUCUUCAUGUCCACAGAGCUGGUCUAGUAGAGAGCUUAAGGUAGCAGAUUAGACCCUUCCACUGUUACAUCGUAUUUCAACUUUGUCAUGGACCAGAUAUAUGUAUAGAAAAUAUAUAAUAAUGAGUACCUUUAUAAUAUGACACUGCAUGCAAUGUUCCCCCUGCCAAGUUUUAGCAUACUUGUCAAAGUCUUGUACACAUAAAGUUGUAAGUUUGUGCCCACACCAAGCAAACAUUUUUAACAUUUCAUGACUUCUGGCUUGUUGUUUGGGGUCCAUAUUGAGUCUUUCGUUAAUGUAGCUGCUGAUUUUUGUCAGUGAGGAGGUUACCAUCCUCGAGUGAUGGUACCAUCUUCUUUGAGAGACCAACAGUGUGUUGCAGUUUUGAUUCCAGCAUUAUGUUUCACAAAAUAAUAUUGCCAGAAUCUCUAGCCAUCUGUAUUCCAGCUACUUCAAGGUUUUCCCACUACAGGUUUACAAAUUUCCAACGAGUUUUACUCUUUAUAAGUCUGCAGUGGAAAGCAAGAUGGUGGUGCAUUUCUGUACAAGCCUCCACAUUGUGAAACUACUCCUUCAUGGCUGUGCAUCUCUCCUUAAUAAGACUGGCAAAAGCUGUCGGGCAUCCCACCAGUCUUGUCUGCCUUGUUUUGGGAGCUUUAAAUGCCUCUAGGGCUCGACACUAACAGUUUUUCCCUUGAAAAUUCCAAAUGUAGCAGAAAAUGACAAAAGAAUAAAACUUCUUGCUGGGUACGUGCUUGCCAUAAAUUGUCACCAUCUUGGCCAAGUAACUUAGGUAAGAACUGGAUCCUGUUGUGCCCAGUCCAUUUCAACCAAAUCUGAGAUGUGAUUACUCAUGGCAAGACGUUGCAGUGGCAGACACAAAAGCAUGUUUCAGAUGUCUUCUCCGUGGACUCUAAAAUUAAUGAUCUAGAAAUUUAGAACAAGCUGUUUGGUUGGGCCAGCUAGAAGUUGAGAAAGACAAGCUAGAUGGAGAUGAGAAGGAAAAACAAAAAGUGCAUCCAGACAAGUUUCCUUACCUUCUAUUGAUGCUUGCUGAAAUUUGUCUUGUUCUCUCCUUUUUUAUAAACUUGCCUUUGGUGAGAUUUAAUCUUGAUCAUUAUUAUUUGCAUGCACUACCCACCUCAAACAGCUUUGCUAGCUGUGGACAGUGCUCAGCGAAAUGCCAGAAAGUGGUACAGUAUAACCAUUCAGUUUUUUCUCUGACACUGAAUUUUUCAAGUUCUCUAGUUGCUGAAGCAGGACAUGAAGCCUCCCUAUACGAAUAAAGACUAUAUAAGCAGCCAUCACACUGCAAUUAACCCUUGAUGUUGGCACCUGGAUCAAGUCCAAUAUUGUGCUUACUAGGCGCACAGGCUCUGGUCAUACAUUUCAGCCAGCAAUACCACCCCCUCAAAGAUAUGAGCCAGCAGUAUAACAUUACUACUAACAGUAACUGCUGGGGUAACAGGGACCCAUGGCGGAUGACCUUCAGCUUGCUUGGAGCCCCCCUCUUACCAUUUGGCAUGUCUUGUUUUUUUUGUUCUGUUAAAGUGUUUCCAGAUUAUUCUCCUCAUCUGGGGAACUGUUUAAGCCAAGGAAAACAGUUAGUCACAAAGCCAUCCAACCAUAAAGAAGUAGUACUACGUUACAUGUUUACAAGCUAUCAAUAAAUUGUACCAAGCACCUUGAGGUGUGCAAGAUGUUCAAAUGGAAGAUGCCUGUACUUACUAUUUAUUACAAUUUGCUUAGUUUCAUUAAGUUUUAACUUUCAUGUUGUGUUAGUUCUCAAUGGUUACAAUAAUCACUUAAGACUACUAUGAACUUGGCUUAUUGAGCUUUAAACUUGACUAUAUUUGCAUGCUGUAC